AUGGCGCCCGCGCCUGAGAUCAGCGGAAUGUUCGACAAGAUUCCCGGAGAAGCGCGCAACAUGAUGUACGAACAGGUCACACGCGAUGAGAUACUUCAUGUCGACGACGAUGGUACAUUCAGAACACCCCCAUUCGCUAGCACUAACGCACUCGUCCGGCAAGAGUUCUUUAGCUACUACCGCGCCAAUGCAAGGAGGCUGGCCACGGAUGCGGUCGUCCACGUUAGAGACCUGAACAACUUUGCCCAACUGCUCCCACGCUUCCUGGAUGGCACCAACACUCCACAAACACCCGGGAUGCCGCUCUUCUUCAGAGACACAACCGUAGCUGGACUUCGGCUUGUGCUGCGAGUGCAUUUACCAGACGACAUCCAUGAGCAUGUAGAAUUUGUCAAGACGCUUGUUCAUCUGUUGGCGGGAAGACCAGAACUUUUCAGUCCUGGGGCACUCAUGGCCUGGCCACUCUUUCGAACCGAGGUCAGGUACAAUCCAGCAGCUGUGAAAGUCGACCAAGUCUUUCAGGAGCUACACCGCUGGCGCCACUACAUCAACAUGGGCUCUCGAAAGGCUCACUUUCUGUGGAACAGCCCCGAGGGCAUCUGGUUUGCGUUGAGAAUGGAGCGAAGACGAAUUCCAGACGUUUCGACCGUUCCCAACUGGCCAAGUCGACCCAAGCCACUUUCUCGCCGCGUAACUCGAGCCAUGGCACACAAGAAGCGAGACGACAGAAGGGCGGAGCAGACGAGGAGGCGGAAGCAUGACAGGAAGUAUGGAGACCGCAAAGGGAGCUGCAGUGUCAUCCACAUGUUACCACCACGGACCAGCCCUAUCAUUGUGUUUGUGUCGCCAUCUCUCAGGUGCUUUCCGAUCGAUGCUGUACGUAGGAAUGGAUUCCAGGCGAAAGCCAAUAUGACAGUCAAGGCUAUGCUGCUUGCGGAAGGCAAGUCGAGGGUACUGGUUUUUCUUUCUUCCAAGAACAAAGAAUAUCCACGUCUCCGUGUGAUGCAUCCCCUACCUGUACCUUCGCAAGGGCCCGGCUCAUUCUUGUCUGAUAACACCGAAGCGACAGACUGCCGGGAAGACCUUGCUGGACAUUCGGACAAGCAACUCAGCUCUACCAAGUUCGACCUGGGACACAAGCUGCAGAUUGCCAUGGCGCCACCUCCUCUUCCCUCCCUGUUCGAUGCGCUUCCUCAAGAAUUGCGAGAUGAGAUAUACAGGGAGAUCACCAUUAACGAGGGACUGCACUGCAGAGCGGAUGGCUCCAUUCUCAUACCGACACUCGGGGAAGCCUCUGCCGGUAUCAGAGAGGAGUUCGGACAGUACUAUCUCGCAAAUGCACGAGCACUGGCCCAAGAAGUUACUGUUCAUGUUGGCAGAAACCUGGAAACCUUUGCCACAAUGCUGGACAGCCUUCAGGCUCCUCCGGCGGUUAAUGGCCAGACCGCAGAUGAGCAAAGCUCAGCUUUUGGUAUAGGUAGUGCGUCCGCACGCACACACAUACUACGGGUCCACUUGGCCCCUAACCCAAACGACGCCUUCAGACAGAUCGAGGAGCUCAUGCGCCUUAUAACAGCUUGCCCUCGGCUCGUUCCUUCACGUCCAGGGCCCCGUGACAGGAACCUUUUCCCCAUCUUCCGCUUCGAGAUCCGUUACGAUCCCACGACUUUCAAUGUUUCUAGAUUCACGGACAUGCUCAGGGCUGCCGAGCCGGGUUGGGCAAGGGCCGCAGCGAACAUGCAUUGGUUUAAUGCAGCUUUCUACGAUAUGUUGCAUGCGUUGAACGAUGAGCAGGACCGGCUGAGCGACCGAGGAGAGAAACGUCUUUCCAAAUCUCUGCGAGCUGCCAGAUCUACGAUGGAAAAGGCCAAAGCGAAGGAGGCGGCACGUAGGAAGGGGGAGGCAAAGAAGGAGGAAGAUGCAAAGGAAGAGAAGCAGAAGGAUGACGAUCAAGGGAAGGACCCUAACGCUAAGAGGCAGCCACCCAGGGCAGAUUGCGUCGUAAUGUGA